AUGCGCGCUAGGGAGCAAGCGUUGGUGAGGAAAUGUGAGGAGGCACAGAAGAAGCGUCAACAGUCAUCAGGUGAUGAGGAGUUUGUGGUUGCUAUUUUGGUCGUCAUUGACCACAUUGCUAUGCAGCGGCCAAUGUUUAGGGGCUCAAUCCUAGGCCAUGCUCCGGCGCUGAAUCGCAACAAAGAGAGCGGCCUCGUAUGCAAGGAGGAUGACCUGGAAAAGGUUGGUUUCUGUUCUUAUCAUAAAUGCAUUGCACCUAUUUGGAUGCUUGCAUACGGAAUACCUGUUGAUCUGAUUGAUGAGUAUGUCUGCAUGAGUGAGUUCACAUGCUCAGAAUCCAUGUACACGUUCUGCAAGAAUGUGGUGGCAGUGUUUGGUCUGGAGUACCUGAGAGAGCCAAAUGCUACAGAUACAGCCCGGUUGUUGGGGCAGUAUAGGGGCCAUGUGAAAGCUUACACCAUCAUACUUGGGGUUGUUGUUUCACAAGAUCUUUGGAUUUGGCACUUUUUUGGCAUGACUGACUCUCACAAUGACACCAACGUGCUUCAGCGUUUUCUGGUGUUUGGAAGGCUUGCAGAAGGCAACUGCCCAGAUGUCAAUAUUGAGAUAAAUGGCUACCACUACAACAAAGGAUACUACCUAGCUGAUGGUAUUUAUCGUCAGUGGACUACUUUUGUGAAGACAAUCCUCAACCCGAUAGGAGAGAAGAGGCAGAGAUUUGCCCAAGCACAAGAGAGUGCUAGGAAGGAUGUGGAGCGUGAUUUUGGUGUUCUUCAAUCUCGGUGGGGCAUCUUUCAGUAUCCUAUUAGAACUUGA